ACCCCUCACACCCUUUUGGCUAAUUAAACUUGUAAAAUUUAGAGAUUCUCUCCCCUUUAGGCCCUUUUUCCCAAUUCUAUUUACAAUUAUGGCCUCUGUGUCUCUUUCAGCUAUUAUCCUCGGCCUCCUACAGCUAGCAAAUAUCCUAGGCCUCGUGCUAUGGAGCAUGGUAUCUCCGUUACUUCGACUCUGCCGUAAGAAGCAUUCACCAGACUUCUCCUGUGACAUUGUCCUUAUAACCGGGGGAGCACAGGGACUAGGGAGGGAACUGGCUUUUCUUUUCUCGUCAGCAGGCGCCACUAUAGUCCUCUGGGAUAUUAAUCAAGAGAAACUGAGGGAGACUGUAUCAGAAAUAACUGCCAGAGGCUGUGAGGCCUUUGGUUAUGUUGUGGAUGUGUCUAAAAGAGAGGAGAUAGAGAAAGGGGCAGAGAGAGUGAGGGAAGAAGUGGGUAAUGUCUCUGUACUCGUUAACAAUGCCGGCAUAAUGUUCGGUAAGAGCAUAAUGGAUUCCGACGAUGCUCAAGUUGAUCUUACGUUUAAAAUUAACACGCUAGCUUAUUAUCGGACAGUGAAGUCUUUCCUCCCAUGGAUGCUACAGAAUAAUUACGGCUACGUUGUCAAUAUCUGUUCAAUAGUAUCAUACGAGGGUAUGCCUAGACUCUGGGAUUAUUCAGCCUCUAAAGCAGCUGUUCUUUCUUUCAGUGAGACUCUAAGGAAGGAGCUACGACUGGCCGGGAAGAACGGAGUUUCUGUGACGGCUGUUUUUCCUUAUUAUAUUUCUACCGGAAUGCUUUCCUACUCUAAUACCCUGACUUCUUACUUACCUCCUCUUGACCCUAAGGACGUUGCAAUGAAAACUGUGAAUGCCACGUGCGAGAAAAAGUUUUGCAUUCACUUGCCAUCAUUUUUGUACUGGGGAAACUUAGUUAAAUUUUUUUUACCGACAAAGGCGUAUGAUGAAUCUAUGUCUUUAUUUUUUGGCGACCAGUACGUUACUAAUUUGAAAGUCAGAAAUUACCUGUCAAGUGGGGAGAAAUGAAUAAUUUUAGUAUCAAUAACAACAAUAAUAAUUGUUUUUUCCUUUGUUUUAAAAAA